AUGACCUCAAACGAAUCUUUGGAUAAUUUGUCUCCUGCUGCUAAAUUAGCUCUUCUCCACGCCCAAGCUGCUAAUCCUUCCACCAACCAAGUUGAACAAGAUCCUUUCGUCCCCUCCCCUGAUGAUCCUGUUGUUGUUAUGGAUAACUCUGCUUAUGAACCUCUCAUUGCUGGCGAUUUUCCCACUCCCAUUGGUAAGCCCAUCUCCUCCAUCCCUGCUCCCAAGAAGGAACCUGCUACCAAGAAGAAGCUCGACUUGAACUCUGAGUCUGCUUUCCCUUCUCUCUCUGCUUCUCCUCGCGCUCCUGUCGCUAGUGGCUGGUCCUCUGCUGCUUCUUCUCGCGUGAAGGCUCCUCAAGCCGCCUCUGGUUCGCCCCGCUCAAGACCUAUGGCUCCUGCUUCUGGUAGUGUCAAGAAGUCUGCUGCCACCCAAGUUACUGAUGUUCUCGAGUUGCCUGCUAACCAACAGAUUUCCAACAUGGCCAGCAAGCCUCUUGGUUUCAAGAGCAGUGCUGAUGUGAUUCAACAAGUCAUCAACAAGACAGGUACCAACAUCAUUGCCUCAACCAACCGUUCUGGCACCACCACCUUCCUCAUUCAAGGUACUCCCAACGAUGUUGCCAGAGCCAAGAGAGAAUUGAUUGCUGGUCUUGUCGUCAAGCGUACUGUCGAGAUUGCAGUUCCUGCCAACACGCGUCGUUUCAUUAUUGGUGCCAAGGGUGCCAAUCUCAAGCAAAUUGAAGCUCUCUCCAACACCCGCAUCAACUUUCCUCGCAAAGAAGAUGAGGAGUUUGCUCACCAUGACGAGGAUUCUGAUGAGGCUGUCAUUGUCACCAUUAUGGGCGAUGCUCAAGGCAUCAGAAUGGCCAAGGAGGAAAUUGAAAAGAUUGUUGGUGAAAAGGCUGCCAAGCAGACCAUCAAGAUCGACAACUUGGAUAGCAAAUACUACCUUUUCCUUGCUGGCCCUCAAAACAGCAACAUCAAAAAGUUGGAGGAGGAAUACAAUGUCAAGAUCCACAUCCCUGCUGUAAUUGUGGAUGGUAAUACUAACCGUGUAACUGCUAUUUCCAUCACCGGUGAUAAGGAAAAGGUGCAAGCAGCCAAGCAAGCUUUGGAAAACGCUUAUGCCGACAUUGAAAAGUCCACCCGCUCUGUUGCCAUUAGCAUUCCCAAGCAGCAGCACAAGUAUCUUUACGGUAAGAACGGCGAAACCCUCAAGGAGAUCUUGGCUGAAUCCAAUUGUACUGUGGAGAUCCCUCCUCUUGAUGAUCCCUCCGAGAAUGUCACCAUUAUUGGCCCAGAUGCUGAUUUGGUCAAGGGCUUAACUGUCAUUAUGGAGAAGGCUCGUUCUCAUCAUGUCGUUUUCCUCGACUUGGCUGAAAACUACAAAUCCCAUGGUAAAAACUCCAUCAAGUAUGCUCGCUGUGCUAUCCAAUACUUGAAGGCCAAGAACAGUCUUAAGAAGGUUGAAAAGGAGCACAAUGUCGAAGUUGGCAUUCCUACCUGGGAUGAGAUGAUUAGAAAGGUCAAUCUCGACUUUGUCAGCAAGGUUGAAAAGGAUGCUGCUCUUGCACAAAAGGCUAUCUCCAACAUUGCCCGUGAAUUGACUCCUGAUCUCUUUGGCUCUGUCGACAUUGAAGUCUAUCUUCAACAAUACAUUCUCACCACCCACCGUGCUGCUAUCGACCGCAUUCAAUCCAACAACAAUGUCAGUCUUGCUGUUCCUACAGAAAGUGAAAACUCCCCUACCAUCUUGAUCGUCUACAUUGGCGAUGACAAGUCUGAUGCUAAGGCUGCCAUCGAGAAGGCCUCUGCUGAAUUGAAGAAGCUUGCUGCUGACUCUUCUGAUUACAUCUCCAAGAGCACCAAUAUCCCCAUCCAAUUCCACGAUGCCCUUCGUGGUCCCAAGGGCACUACUCUGAACGCCAUCAUUGGUGAAACUGAGGCUGUUGUCCGUUUCGGUCCCAAGGAAAAGGUUGAGGUGCGUGGUCUCACCAAGGAUGUCAACCAGGUGAUGGCUUCCCUUCAAAAGGCCUUUGAUGCUGUCCAACAAGACGAUUUUGCUAAGCCCUACACUGCCGAGUUCUUUAUUCCUGCCAACUUUUCAGCUCAUAUCAUUGGUAAGGCUGGUAUCCACAUCAACAAGCUCAAGGAUGAUCUUGGUGUCAAGAUUGAUAUUGGAGAGAACAACAAGUCUGAGGAAAAGACUGUUACCGGUAAGAAGGACAAGAAGAAUGCCGAACCUGUCAAGGUUGUUAUCCAAGGCCCCAAGAUCAAUGUCGAAGCUGCCAAGGAACGCAUCAAUUCCCAAGUCUCUAAUUUGGCUGACCAAGUGACAUUGUCCCUGAAGGUUCCCAAGGCAUUUCAUCGUUUCUUGAUUGGUCCCAGUGGCCGCUAUGUCAAGAAGCUCGAAGACAAGUACAAUGUCUUUAUCAAAUUCCCUAAAUCAGGUAACCGUGGUGAUGAAAGUCCCUCUUCUCCCUCCCCUACCAACCCUGAUGAGAUCACUGUGCGUGGUGGUAAGAAGGAUGCUCAAUCCGCCAAGGAAGAACUCAUGGAACUCUACGAAUACGAAAAGGAGGAGCAAGAAAAGAGAAAGGAAAGAGAGCAAAAGCACAAGGAAUACGAGGAGAAGCGUGCUGCUGAAGAUAAGAGAAGAGCCGAGGAGAGAGCUGCUAGAGAAGCAAGAGAUGCUGCCAAAGAGGCUGCCAGAGAAGCUAAAAGAGCUGAAAAGGAAGCUGCUGCUGCUGCUGCCAAGAAGGAGUAA